AUGCCUCAGCCCCCCGAGGACUCUGAGGUCUUGGGCCUAUCCUUAUUGCCACGCGAGAUCUUCUGGAUGGUCCUGAGCUACCUUCAGCCUAGGGACAUUGUUCGUUGCCGUCGAGUCUCCCAAUCGUGGAAUGAAGCUUUCGGGGACCCUGCCAAUUUGAUACCCCUUUUAACGACGCAGUUCCCGCGUGCAGUUGAGGUUAGAAGCCUCUAUAAGGAAGUUGCCGCCAAUGAGCGGUGCUCAGAUUGCAAGGAUGCCAGCUACUGGCGCACCUUGUUUGACCGAAUCGCCUCGAGGUAUGACCAUCUCGCUCGCGGCAAGCCCCGGUCGAUCCGGAGGUACAAACUAUGCGAAGAAUUUGGUGCCUCUGGCGAGAGGGAGUGGUUUCAGGUGCAACCCUGGGAUACCCACGCCAGUCAUCUCAUGCAACGAGUGGAUCUCCCCUUCUCAGAAUCCUUCUGGUCGUAUGACGAAGGUCUUUUGGUGUACCCAAGCGCAGACCAUUCCUGUUUGGUUAUGAUGGACCUUGACAGCGACAAGAGGUUUAUGGUCCCAUUUAUCAUCACCGGGAAGGUGGUUCGGAGAAUUCGGCUGCAGAGGAGAGUUCUUGUUGUCGAGUGGGCGGAGCCCAAAGCCUUUCACUGGUUGAAUGAUAGUGAUGGGGUGCACCGUCAUUUUGCUUCUUCGUUCGACGUGAUCGAGACCUCGAAUGGCUGGAAUAUAACAUUCCGAAAUGAGUGGAAGAUUAUGUUUCUUGGCCAUCCACUAAGUGAGCGGGAUCGGUUUUAUUCCACCCAUAGUAAGACCCAUUACGCUAUCUAUGUUUGGCAGCCCAAUCGCAGUUUAUAUACUGCAGAUGACGAUGCUCCGAUCGAGUCGCUGUCUGUUUGGGAUAUCUCCAAGCCGUCAGACUAUCGACCAUCUUUGGAUCCUACAGGGAGACUGCGGGAUGAAGGGGAUGAUUUAGGCCCUUCUAUUGUCUCACGCUUUGGAUUUCGAGAGCUGGGAUUUUAUUCCGUCAGACAACGGGGACUUCCAGGUAUACAGUGGCUGAACAUUACGGACGAUAAUCAAUCUAUAGAGAUUUUUGAAAACCUCUGCACAGGGCCUGUCGAUCGGUUCGUUGGCCCCGCUGAAUGGACAUCACAAGUCCAAGUGUCCAGUCUUCCAAUCAUAGGGUUUGGACCCUGUUGGAGGCGAAGUAUGAACAUAGUGCUGCCUCCUUAUCGUGGAAAUAGUAGCUUGCAAGCAAGCCCUCUUACUUUUGCUGUUUGUGAAGAGCCUUGGUACACCAUAAUUUCCGAAACAGUCGACCAAGAGGCCCAAGUUGGCUUUUGUCUACAUUUAUCGCAAGCCACCUGGCCAUUUGACUUGAAGGCAUCUCUGAGUAUCAGGACCCCUUCGUCAGAUAUAACGUUGAAAAAUGAGGAGGUUUUUGAGCUUACGGGGAAAGGGAAACUUUGUGGAAACGAGCGAUACUUGGUUGGUGAGAAUGGGAAUCGCGAGUUGGUCGUCUACAGAUUUGAUAGAUGA